CUUUGGCGGUUGUGGAUGGGAUACGUGACGGAUAGAUGAGCUGAACAGCCGCCGGAAGGUCAAGCACAGAAGCUCUCGGGACUAGAUGGGCCCCUCCAGCCGUUUUUCACUUCCAUCGUCCUGCCGGCGUUGCCUCGGCACUCUUCAUCUUACACCUUCUCGUACCUUGCUUCCCUGACCCGCAUGCAGUCGUGCGUGCUCUCUGUCCUCUGUCUAAUUAUACGCACAAGUCAUAGGCGUUGUAGAGGCGCGCGUCGCAGCCUUCUCACCGUGAACAGCAGGGGGAAUCCGCACGAUUUUCCUCCCGUUUGGACGUCGUAUUCCUGCCCUUGUUUCUCAACUGCUUGUGCAGAUGAAGCCUUCCUGACACAUCUUGCCCACCGGAACUGUUGCCUCCGGGUGCACCACGCUGGCCAUGAUUCGAGCGAGUAGGCUUAGAUCCGCUAAAACGCACCUACCCAUUCCUUCUCGCUGUCCAGCCUGACAGUGGAUUCCGGGUGCACAAAUUCGAGCCCCGAGGCGGAAGCGACGAGUAGGACGUGUUUGGACUCCAUCACGCAAGCGUCUCCUUUGGUCACCUGCGCAUCUGCCGCCCGUGUCAUUCCGCUCGGACACGAUGGCGACACAAGUCGACCUACCGUUUCUUGUCUUAUCGCCGGUCGACUACAGCGCCCUUGUGCUCCUCAGGCACAGCAGAAGCCCUCCGAGGUGCUACAUGGGUCAGGUUUGGCCAUCCCUGAUUCCUCGGCCAGAGGUGGACCUGUUCGGCCGGCCAGCGUGAUAUCCACGAAAUGUGUGAGCAUCAAACAUGAUCGAAAGAUGAACUCGCUCUGUUUAUGCGAAUUUGAAGGCCUGAAAUAGGCAAACUGCGAGGGUGCUGCGAAGCGUGUGUGGUGCGGACACGUGGGGUAGGGCAUCCAGCUCUCCGAUCCGCCCUCGCGAAAGGUGAUGGAAGAAGCGGUAGCAUACAUACUAGCGUCAACGGCUAGGAAGGCCUAUUUAGGUUGAGACCACCCUUCCCUGUCUCCUCGACCCCCGUCCUCGACCCUCCGCCCCCGUGUCUGUGUCUGGGUCUCCAACCGCUGCCUCUCGACGACCAUGGUCUCCUUCAGAGCAGCCCUCUCUUCGGCGUCUGUCCUCGUCGCGCUCUUUGCGCGUGCCACCCUCGCCGACAACCCGAUUAACCCCAGCUUCUCGUAUGGUUCGACCAAGGUCCGUGGUGUCAACCUCGGCGGCUGGCUGGUCCUGGAGCCGUGGAUCACCCCAAGCCUCUUCGACAACACGGGCAACGACGCCAUUGUCGACGAGUGGACGUUCGGCCAGCUCCAAUCUCGCUCGACCGCGCAGUCCGUGCUCACGAACCAUUGGAACACCUGGAUCACCGAGCAGGACUUCGUCGACAUCGCCGCUGCUGGGCUGAACCACGUCCGUAUACCCAUCGGAUACUGGGCAUUCGAGGUUGGGCCUGGGGAGCCGUACAUCUCUGGGCAGCUUCCAUAUCUCCAGAAGGCUGUCGGAUGGGCUCGCAACCAUGGCAUCAAGGUCAUUGUUGACCUGCACGGCGCGCCCGGCAGCCAGAACGGCUAUGACAACUCCGGCCAUCGUAUCUCCUUCCCUCAGUGGCACUCGAACUCGACGAACGUCCAACGUACGGAUGCGAUCAUCAAGCAGAUCGCGUCGCUGUUCAUCAACGACCAGGACGUCGUCUCCGUGAUCGCGCCGCUCAACGAGCCCGCAGGCUACGAUGGCAGCGAUGUCCUGAGCGUCGUUCGUCAGUACUGGUACGAUUCGUACGGCAACAUCCGCUUCCCCUACGGCACGUCCCAACAGAGCAACACCGUUGUCCUUCUCCACGACGCGUUCCAGCCUCUGAGCUACUGGAACGGCUUCCAGACGCCCCCGAACUGGCAGGGCGUCGCGAUCGACACGCACAUCUACCAGAUGUUCUCCCAGGACGAGGUCGCGCGCACGAACCAGCAGCACAUCUCCGCCGCGUGCGCGAACGCGCCCUCGCUCUCCUCGUUCGACCUCUGGACGAUCGUCGGCGAGUGGACGCCCGCGGCGACGGACUGCGCGAAGUACCUCAACGGGCGCGGCGUCGGCGCGCGCUACGACGGGUCGUACCCCGGCUCGACCGCGGUCGGCUCGUGCGCGGGCCUGACGGGGAGCGCGAGCGGGUUCAGCGCCGCGUACAAGACGUUCCUCAGGCAGUACUGGGAGUCGCAGGUGGUCACGUACGAGCAGGGCGCGGGGUGGGUGCAGUGGACGUGGAAGGCGGAGGACGCGGACGAGUGGACGUACCAGGCGGGGUUGAAGAACGGCUGGAUCCCGCAGAGCCCGACGCAGCUGCAGUACCCGAACAUCUGCGGGUGAGGCGGGGGGCGAGAGAGGGAGUAUACCCCUGCUUGCUUGCGUCGUGUGGCGGCGCGGCGCCUGCAGCUGCCGAUACCUGCCGCCCUCCGGCUCGUUGUAUUUGCAUGAGGCACAACCUUACUUACACGCUCAUUGUAGACUAUUUCUUGUAGAGAACUUGCGUCCGCUGCGCACUAUCGCCGGUCGCUUCUGUAUUCAU